AUGGAACUGAAGGAUUUGCAAUCUGAUCUUGAAGCUUUAAGAGAAUUAUAUGGACUUAUACGUUAUGGUGAUGUUACAAGCAAUGUGAUUUUAGGUGAAGGAUCAAAGCUCUUACUCAAGGAUCUUCUAGAUGGAGCUACAAAGAGAGUUUUGGAGACACAUAUAAAGAUAAUAGCAGAAGCAGAACAUGGUAUUUGUGGCAAUACCUUCUCUUCUGAAUCUGGAAAAUGGUUAGUAGAGUCUCGGCCUUGUGUUUCAUCAAAUAUUUUAAAUGCUACACCAGAUGUAAUUCGUGAUUCGGUAAAAGAAUCAAAGCACCCUGCAUUCAGUUCAUCGAAAGAUGAAGAUUAUCCUAACCAGCUAACAACUCAUGAAGUUAUCUCGCAGCAAUCUAGAUUCACCUUAGACAAAUCUGAAAAUAGAAAGAAAAAUUGUGAGUUCAACAAGAAAAGCAGUAUGAAGCAGCACAGUACAGCCAAGAUUUUAAGCAAAGAUGCUAAGCAACAGGGUUGGCAAUGUGAUCCUCUUGGACAUUUUUAUCAAGCCAUUGGGGAUGACAAGAAUUUGUCAGAGAGAAAUGAAACAAAUAUGGAGCUGUUGAAAAGCAAUGAAACAAUGAGGCAGAGUAGUAUUUGUGGAUUGCGAGGUAUUGAAUCAGUUUCUAGCUCCUCAAAUUCUGUAGCUUCUGGAGAUAAUCUUGCUGAUCUGUAUGAAAAGGGAGGGGAGGCAGUAAAUAAUUUCUCCAAAGACAUCGAUAAUGUAGUCAAGCACAUUGAAUCCCACAUUUCAGCUUUGCGUUUGUUAUCAAAGUUGGCGGAAGCUACCAAAGCCCCUAUGCCUACAUCAGUGUAUCCUAUGGUACAAGCAAAAGAACAUUUGGUUAAAAAGAAUGAACUAAGUCAUGAUGUUGAUCCUUUUUCAGAUUGGGAUGAUAUGCAGCUAAUUGGAUUGGUCAGUCAAAGAAAUGGAAAGAAAGAUGACUCAAAUGGGAUUUGUCAUGUGUUAGGUCAAAGUACAAAUGACUUGUUGGACGAGAUAACGAGCAAAAGGAGGAGGAUUCAACACAAGGAGAUGGGCCAGACUUGCAACCAUAUUGUAAGGAGUGAUAGUAGGGUGAAUAAAAAGACAGGUAACUGGAAUGUGAGUGACAUGCUAGAAGCAGAUGGCUAUAAACAAAAUGAAAAUACUGGUUGCUAUGUUCAUGGAUUAAGGAUUCCAACUAAGCAGGAAGAUAUCACCAAGAGGUCUCCCAUGCCUGUAAAAACUCCCUUUCCGAUCUCAAUAGAUAGAGGGAAAGAAUCAUCACCAACCAUAUCAAAAUUAAGAUCUUCACCACCUUACCAGUCAACAGAAUCUAAGGCUCUUAGUCAUAAGAGAAGCCUAGCACAUGAGAUUCUACCCAAACAGGACAAAGGCGGUAUGGGGAUUUUGCGGCAUAAGAUUCUACUGCAUCAGCAAGAACCUGAGGAGUCUUCUACUUCUGGCAGUGGCAGUAGUGGCAGCAGUGACAAUGAGGCUUAUUCUUUACUGAGUGAGGACAGUUCAACUUCAAUGUCCAGUAGGUUUGAUCAUGGAGCACGUGAAGAAAGCAGUAGUUCAUCAAUUAGCAGUGAUUACAGGGAUGCUAGUGAAUCAGAUAGAUUGCAUCCUUCCAGAACACACAAAUUAAUCCAUCCAACAGACUCCGAGCCUGAGAAAGCUGAGGGUCGAAGGGUCGGACGGCUGAGGAAGAUCACAAACAAGUUAGGGCUAAUUUUUCAUCACCAUCAUCACCAUCACCAUCACCGUUACGAUCACCAUGAUAGUGGCGAUCGCUCCCACGGUGCGCACACCAAAUCUUUGUGGACACCUUUGCACAAGAUUUUUCAUCCCAGAAACAGAAAUGAAGUUGAUGAAGGUAAAUUAAGAAAAGCAAAGGCGAGUAAUGCGCCGGUCAAGCAUCAGGUAGGGCAUUUUCAUGCACUAGUUGACGGACUGAUGCAGCACCUUCGGCACUCAAAGCAAUCAAAAGCUUCAAAAAGUGGGAUGGGAUGGCUAGGAAAGAACCAACAUAAAGAAAACAGGAAGGUGAAGCAAUUACAUUGGUGGCAGAUGUUUCAGCGUCAAGGUGGAGUAAAAUUACCCAAUAGAAGGCGUGUCAAGGUAGGGUUUAUGAGUAAAAAAAAGCAGCUUAGGGUACCUAAGUUGAAAUAGCAAAUAACAGGGCAGGGUGCAUAGCUGUGGUUAUUGUUACCGUCAACUACAUUUACUACAAUGUCUUACGGAGUAUAGACUUCUCAACUAUUGAAGUAGAAGAAAUGUCUAAUGCCCACUCUUUUUUUUUUUUUAAUCAAAUGGCACCAGUACUAUGAAGGACUAGGAUCAAUUUCAUUAUAGGGUAUCUAUUUUUUCUUUUAAAUGGGUUAGCCAGUAAAACCUAGUAGAUUUGUCUCUUUUUUACUUUUUGGUCUUUAUAAUUUCUCGUGUUUUCUUGUCUUUAGACUAAUGAUAUGAGAAUUGAAAUU